AUGGAAUAUCGCUUGUGGUUGGCCGGUAAAGAGCAAGAUGGGAAUGCAGACCGCAUUCCCAUUGAAGAUCCAGCAACCGGAGAGAUCUUCGCGCAAUGUCACGCAGCCUCGCCAGAAGAUGUCGAGACCGCCAUCUCCGCCGCCCACGCAGCAUACAAGUCUGGCGUAUGGUCGCGUGCGAGUCGUCAUCAUCGUGCCGAUGUGCUGGAUAAAUGCGCAGCGCUUCUCUCCGAUGUCCUCCCGCAACUCAUCUCAACCGAGUCAAAGCAGACGGGUCGGGUCAUUCGGGAAAUGAAGGCCCAGGUCCCAUCUUUGACAAGAUGGUUUAAAUACUAUGCCUCCCUGCUAAGGGUUGAGGAACGGUCUGUCCUGCCGACAAUGGGUAAAUUGCACAACUUUGUCGACCGAGUGCCUCUCGGAGUGGUUGUUCAGAUUACCCCGUUUAAUCACCCGUUGUUGAUCGCCGUGAAGAAGCUUGCUCCGGCGCUUGCCGCUGGAAACAGUGUCAUAAUUAAGCCUAGCGAGAUGACUCCAUUGACAACUCUUAUGUUGGGCAAAAUUCUUCGCGAGGCGGGAAUUCCAGAUGGCGUGUUCAGCGUCUUACCUGGCUAUGGAGCUAUCACCGGUAAAGCACUGGUUGAGCAUCCCUUGGUGAAAAAGGUAGACGUGACUGGUGGUACCGAGGCCGGCAGGGCAAUUGGAAAGAUUGUUGGUGGAAAUCUGGCGAAAUACACUGCUGAGUUGGGUGGGAAAGCGCCCUUGAUCGUGUUUGAGAAGGCCAACAUCGAUACGGCGGUCAACGGAAUUGUCUUUGGAAGCUUCAUCGCAAGUGGACAGACAUGUGUGGCCAGCACCCGAAUUAUAGCCCAAAACUCGAUCAUAGACGAGCUAUUGCACAAGCUCAAGGCCAAGAUCGAGAGCAUUACACGCCGAAUUGGGGCUCCGAGUAACCCAGAAUCAACUAUGGGGCCACUUAUCUCCGAGAAGCAGUUGAGGAAUGUGGAGCGCCUAGUCAACAGCGCUCUAGAGGGAGGAAAUGCAGUUUCUCUCGUCGGUGCAAAGCGGAUGGUUUCUCAAAGCCCGCUUGACGGAUUCAACUUCGAGAAGGGAUAUUUCUACGAACCAACGCUACUUGCUUCCAGCAAAGAAAACAACAGUAUUGUAAAGACAUCUAUCUGGCGCGAGGAGGCGUUCGGACCUGUUAUUGUCGUUGCUGGUUUCGACACCGAAGAACAAGCAAUCGCAUUGGCAAAUGACAGCGAGUUUGGAUUGGGAGCCGGUGUAUGGACACUCGACCUUCCCCAGGCUUUCCGAGUGUGCGAGCAGAUUGAUGCAGGAAUUACCUGGGUGAAUACCCAUCAUCGAAAUGACCCUAGCAGUCCAUGGGGAGGUUCAAAGUCUGCGAGCGGAGUCGGGAGCGAGAACGGGGUCGAGGCUUACAAUGCCUACACAACAUCGAAAAGCACAAUCAUAAACUAUGCUUCGCCUGAUGAGUCCUUGGCUGCGGAUGACUGGUUUGGAGAUGGCUCGGGCAAUGUUAGAUAUGGUUGA